AUGGCCAAAGGGGGCUUCUCCAGCAUUGAAAACGCCUACAUCACCCCAAAUGAAAACACCACCAGUCCUGAUAUCACUAAUGAAACCACAACAAGUAGCACUCCUGAUGCAAGACCCACGACAACAGCUGCCACCACUGGCACUGCAGGUGCAUCUGCUGCUGACAUUUGUGGCACAGUUCCUAUCAGCAACAGGAUAGUUGGAGGAGAGAACGCCACUGCAGGGAGCUGGCCCUGGCAGGUCAGCCUUGAGUUAGCUGCAUACGGUCACGUGUGUGGAGGCUCCCUCAUCAACAAGGAGUGGGUGCUGUCUGCUGCACACUGCUUCAGCAGUAACAGCACAAGUGGGUGGACUAUCCGUCUGGGUCGGCAGUCCUUGUUCGGUUCUAACCCAAAUGAAGUAUCUAGAACCGUGGCUGAGAUCAUUCUACAUCCUAAUUAUGAUGCCUCCACAAAUGAGAAUGACAUGGCUCUCCUCCGGUUGAGCAGUGCUGUCUCCUUCACCAACUACAUCAGACCUGUUUGUCUGGCGGCCAGCGGCAGCAUUUUCCAUCGGGGAACAGAGAGCUGGGUCACUGGAUGGGGAAACAUUGACGAAGGAGAGUCUGUUCCGUACCCAGGUGUUCUGCAGGAAGUGGACGUUCCUGUGGUGGACAGCAAAGUGUGUGAUGAGCUCUUGACAUCAGAAAUCACAGAAAACAUGAUAUGCGCUGGCCUUCUUGAAGGAGGGAAAGAUUCCUGUCAGGGAGACUCGGGUGGUCCAAUGGUCAACAAAGAUGACUCUGUGUGGGUCCAAUCUGGGGUGGUUAGUUUUGGGUUUGGCUGUGCUCGACCGAACCUACCUGGAGUCUACGCCAGGGUGUCCCGUUAUGAGGACUGGAUCAAAUCCCACAUCAACAGUGACCCACCAGGCUUCGUGCAGGUCAUCACUCCUACCCCACUGCCUCCUGUUUCCACCACAGCCAUCACAUCGAACAGCAGAGAGAUUUGUGGCACAGCCCCUCUAAGCAGCAGGAUAGUUGGAGGAGAGGACGCCCCCGUGGGUAGCUGGCCCUGGCAGGUCAGCCUCGAGAGACCCUAUGGUCACGUGUGUGGAGGCUCCCUCAUCAACAAGGAGUGGGUGCUGUCUGCUGCACACUGCUUCAGCGGCAGUAACAGCACAAGUGGGUGGACUAUCCGUCUGGGUCGGCAGUCCUUGUACGGUUCUAACCCAAACGAAGUAUCUAGAACCGUGGCUGAGAUCAUUCUACAUCCUAAUUACGAUGACUCCACAAGUGAUAAUGACAUGGCUCUCCUCCGACUGAGCAGUGCUGUCUCCUUCACCAACUACAUCAGACCUAUCUGUCUGGCGGGCAGCGGCAGCAUUUUCCAUCGAGGAACAGAGAGCUGGGUCACUGGAUGGGGAAACAUCGAUGAAGGAGAGUCUGUUCCGUACCCAGGUGUUCUGCAGGAAGUGGACGUUCCUGUGGUGGACAACAAAGUGUGUGAUGAGCUCUUGAGACCAGAAAUCACAGAAAACAUGAUAUGCGCUGGCCUUCUUGAAGGAGGGAAAGAUUCCUGUCAGGGAGACUCGGGUGGUCCAAUGGUCAACAAAGAUGACUCUGUGUGGGUCCAAUCUGGGGUGGUUAGCUUUGGGUUUGGCUGUGCUCGACCGAACCUACCUGGAGUCUACGCCAGGGUGUCCCGUUAUGAGGACUGGAUCAAAUCCCACAUCAACAGUGACCCACCAGGCUUCGUGCAGGUCAUCACUCCUACCCCACUGCCUCCUGUUUCCACCACAGCCAGCACAUCGAACAGCAGAGAGAUUUGUGGCACAGCUCCUCUCAGCAGCAGGAUAGUUGGAGGAGAGAACGCCACUGCAGGGAGCUGGCCCUGGCAGGUCAGCCUUGAGGAAGCUGCAUACGGUCACGUGUGUGGAGGCUCCCUCAUCAACAAGGAGUGGGUGCUGUCUGCUGCACACUGCUUCAGCAGUGACAGCACACGUGGGUUGACCAUCAGUCUGGGUCAACAGUCCUUGUACGGUUCUAAUCCAAAUGAAGUGUCUAGAACCGUGGCAGAGAUCAUUCUACAUCCUAAUUAUGAUCCCUACACAAAUGACAACGACAUGGCUCUACUCCGGUUGAGCAGUGCUGUCUCCUUCACCAACUACAUCAGACCUGUUUGUCUGGCGGCCAGCGGCAGCAUUUUCCAUCGGGGAACAGAGAGCUGGAUCACUGGAUGGGGAGCCACCGAAGAAGGAGGUGACAGGUUUGCUUCAAAUGUCCUUCAGGAAGUGGACGUUCCUGUGGUUGACAGCAAAGUGUGCGCUGAGCUCUUGCCAUUUUCAGAAAUCACAGAAAACAUGAUAUGCGCUGGCCUCCGUGAAGGAGGGAAAGACUCCUGUCAGGGUGACUCGGGCGGUCCAAUGGUCAACAAAGACGAUUCUGUGUGGGUCCAAUCUGGGGUGGUUAGUUUUGGGGUUGGCUGUGCUCGCCCUGACCUACCUGGAGUCUACGCCAGGGUCUCCCGUUAUGAGGGCUGGAUCUCAUCCCACAUCAGAAGUGACCCCCCAGGCUUCGUGCAGGUCAUGACUCCUACCCCACUGCCUCCUCUUUCCACCACAGCCAGUGGGACCAAAGUCACAUGCUCAUUCUGCCUCUACAUCCUUCUCUCUCUUCUCCUCCUCUCUCUCCACUGA